GAACUGGAACGCGUUAAAAAAAUGAAGUUCGCUGAAUAGGGAAUUGAAUGUUUGGACAUAUUUUAAACUUUAUUUUGUCAAAAUUCUUCUCUUUAAAUUGGUACUAGACAAUAAAAUAUAUUGUUAUUCAAUAAUGGAUAAACAUAACAGUUCAGAACUAUUAAGUUCCGACUUUUCGCUAUCCAAGAAUGCAAGUUCUGAUUCAUUGGAUUCUGAUUCUAAAUCAAGUUCUUUGAAUUCUAAACACGGACAGGACUCCCCCCAUGUCCUCGGAGAUAUACAGCUGUUGGAUGGUGAAAAGGUUACAAGUGUAGCUCGUGAUGUAACUUAUUUGUGCCCAUACAGUGGACCAACGAGGGGAGUCCUGAAAGUGACAAACUAUCAACUUCACUUUAGACCAACUGAUCCUAGUGCUACUCUAGGUACAUUGAGUGUGCCACUGGGGGUUGUUUCUCGAAUUGAAAAAGUUGGUGGUGCUUCUUCCAAAGGUGAAAACUCAUAUGGAAUAGAAAUUUUUUGUAAGGAUAUGAGGAACUUAAGAUUUGCACACAGACAAGAGAAUCAUUCACGUCGUGGUAUAUUUGAAAAACUGCAGCAGCUAGCUUUUCCUCUGUCACACCGACUUCCGAUGUUUGCAUUCAGUUAUUCUGAAAGUUUCCCUGAAGAUGGUUGGCAUGUGUAUGAACCCAUUGCUGAGCUGAGACGAAUGGGUGUAAGCAAUGACAUGUGGCGCAUAACACGAAUAAACGAUAAGUAUGAAGUGUGUGAUAGCUAUCCGUCUAUAUGGGCAGUCCCUUCUGCAGCUGAUGAUGAUUUACUACGAUCAGUGGCAACAUUUAGAUCACGUGGCCGCAUUCCUGUACUAUCCUGGAUUCAUCCUAACUCCCAAGCUACAAUAACCAGGUGCAGUCAACCGUUAGUUGGGGUAAGCGGCAAGCGAAGUCGUGAAGAUGAAAGGUACAUUCAACUAAUUAUGGAUGCAAAUGCCCAGGCUCAUAAACUUUUCAUCAUGGAUGCUCGUCCCACUGCUAAUGCUGUCGCCAAUAAAGCCAAAGGAGGAGGUUACGAGUCUGAAGACGCGUAUCAGAAUGCGGAUCUGGUGUUCUUGGACAUUCAUAACAUUCACGUCAUGAGAGAAAGCUUACGGAAACUAAAGGAAUUAUGCUUUCCACAGAUUGAUCAAUCCAAAUGGUUCAGCGGAAUAGAAGCCAGCUGUUGGCUGAAGCACAUCAAAUGUAUUCUGGCUGGUGCUGUCCGUAUUGUUGAUAAGGUUGAGAAUCAUAAGACGUCGGUGCUCGUGCAUUGUUCGGAUGGCUGGGACCGCACGGCUCAACUGACGGCGCUGUCGAUGUUAAUGCUCGACCCUUACUACAGAACACUUCGAGGAUUCCAAGUUCUAAUAGAAAAGGAGUGGUUAUCUUUUGGACAUAAAUUUCAAUUGCGCAUCGGGCACGGCGACGAGCGACACUCGGACGCGGACCGCUCGCCCGUGUUCGUGCAGUGGGUGGACUGCGUGUGGCAGCUGCAGCAGCAGUUCCCGACGGCGUUCGAAUUCACAGAACGACUCCUAAUAACUAUAGUCGAUCACCUAUAUUCGUGUCGCUUCGGAACCUUCCUGUUCAAUACUGAACGGGAAAGGGUAAAGGAAGAAGUGAAGACUAAGACCGUAUCUCUAUGGUCUUAUAUAAAUAGUCGUCAAGAUUUGUAUUUGAAUGCGCUUUACUGGGGCUCGUCGUCCGGCGCCACGUCGCCCUCCUCGCCGUACUCGAGGCCUCCCGUCGUGCUAGUUCCUGUCGCUUCAUUAAGGGUCAUCAAACUGUGGAAAGCGCUGUACUGCAGAUGGAACCCAAUAAUGAGGCAGCAGGAUCCGAUAUACCAAAGAUCACGUGAGCUGGUGGCUCUCCGCGCGCAGCUGGAGGCGGCGGUGGCGGCGGCCGCCGGGGACCACGCCGCCAAGCAACACCGCCGCGGCCUCACGCCGCCCAGGGUCGCCAGCCCGCACCAUGUCUGAACACCACAGGAACCCCACCGGACCCCGCGCACAUCUUAAGAUAUUCUAGAAAAAUCCUAACGUCCAGAAGGUAACCUGCGGAUGAAAUUUCUUAAACACCUCUAGAUUACGAAAGAAUGCCAGGAUACUUCUAUUAAAAUUUAUACAAAUAUCCUUGCCACAUAGUUUUGUAAAAGCAUAUUUUACAUUUUUAACCUCCUCAGGGACAUUGGCACAUAAUAUGUGUCUAUUAAUUUUAUUUUAAAUUAUCUAUGUUUCAUUCUAUGCUAAAUAGCCACUUAUGUGGGUAUUUUAUUUUAAUGAAUAAUCACUAUAUUUGUUUUUUAGUAACUUUUUUUUUACUUGUUGAAUUGUUUUCAAAAUAAAAUGACCAAAUCGUAAUAAAUAAUAAAUUAAAUUCUUGUUUUUUGUACUUUAUUUUUUUUCCCCUGAAGAGGUUAAACAGUAAAGAGUCAAGACGAAAAAUGGACAGCUAUUAUAGGUAGUUUUCCAAUUACAGCACAAGAGCGCAUUAUGCGGCAUAAUGCUCAACGUUGAAUGUUCCAACUACAGCAACGCUUCGCACAAUCGAGCACUCUCAAAAGUACUGCUCUCGCGUGAUACUCGCAAUCGAUACCGACUCAGUGACAGAAAAUUGAUAAGUGUUUUUUCUUUAAGUUUUAAGGCAUUGAUCGAAAUUUUGUUUAUAUUAUCGUUAGUAAUAUUAUUUAAUGUUGAAAAAAAUUGUAAGGCUUUCGUUUCGUCGUAGUUUCUUAGAAAUAAUCAAUGUUAAUUAAAACUGUGCUAACUUAGCGCACUCUGCUGAUGCAUUUGAAAACUAAUUCACGUUCCAAUUAAGCUUCAGCAUAAUUCGGCAUUGUGCGUCACUGAGUCGCGUUAUGCUCUGUAAUUGGAAAACUAUCCAAAUCACGCAAGCAUUUCAAUUGUUUUUAUAUUCCGUUUAUAAUAUUGUCAGGGAUAAGUACUAAGGAGCUGAAUAUGUUUGUUAUGUGAUUACUAUUGUACACAGCUGUCAUGUCCCCCCUCCCGCACCCCUCUCCACCUCCCGAACUCCCGUCCCGUCUUAACGAUAAGUCUUUUAAUCUAUGUGGUAUUGUUCAAACGAUGUCAACACCAAUGUCUAAAAAACAUAUUGAAGCGUAAAAGUUAAAAUAUAUAAUUUUAAAUAUGAAAUAUUUAUUUAAUAAUUUUUUUGUGUAUUUUUGUAAUAAAUUAUAGUGUUGCCUUUAAAUAGAAAUAACGAGUUAUGCAUUUAUUUUAGUUAAGUAAUUUAAACACUACAAUAAUUUAAUACACUGUUAAAUAAAGAAAAUAAAAAUCAAUAUUAUAUUUAAGUUGUAAUGUGUAAAAAAGAAUAUUUUUAUGUGACGUUCGCUUAUAUUGGAACUUCGCGAUAUUGCAUCGCCAACAAAGAGCUAACAACGAUCUUUAAUGAUUACUAAUGAUUUCUAUAAAAACGAAAUUCAAACACUUCAAGCUGUCAACGAAUAUUUUGCUAUGCGAUUUUCAACCUUAAGAAUAUAUUCUUAAGCCGGUAGCAUUAAAGUCUUAAACGUAAUUAAUAAAAAUAGCAGUAGUUUAUUGUGUCACAACCCAAAUACGUUUAGGAUGGAUAAAUGAAUUGAAAAAAAGCGAGAUUUUGAUAUUAAAAUGUGUACGUAGUUAUUGAUCAUUACAUUUACGGAUUAAUUUCGGAUGGAACAUAAAGACAAGAAUAAAUUCUAAAUUUGCUGUUAAUCAUAUUACUAUGUACUUGUGAGAAUUGAAAAUAUCUUUCUUGGUCAUUGAAGUUUUUUAUUGUAUAGAUUAGUGAAGGUGUUUACGCCCCACCUUGUUUUUUUUAUGAAGAAAGGACUUUUGUUGGCCCGGAGGCCUUUCCAGUUUGACCAAGAUAGGUGGGCGAGCACGGGCUUAGCCAGGAGAGGCUCCACCUAGUGUGAGACGGUUAACGGAAGCCAUAGCUAAUACAAUGUGAUUCCAGCCUCUUUUCCUGAGAUAUUAGGUCUCACUUGUACAGUAUAUCAGAGUAUAGCAGCUGCUCCCAACCCUUGAAGCCUCAAUGCAGGACUGCUUUGUGGCAGAAAUAAGAUGAUGGUACGGACUUAUAGUACACUGCACCAGUAAUUAAUUAUUUCACUGUAGUAAGUGGCUCCCUCCUUUAGCAGCCUACGUAAUUUGUACGUCCGAUACUCUAGGUACGUUUCGAAAUAUCCAUAAUAAGAAAUGUAUACAUUAUUUUAAAGAUAUUUAUUAUUAAACUAAAGUAUUUUUGUUAGUAGAAACCCUUAAGUUUUUAACACAUUUUUAUUUAAGUCAUUUUCUGGUAUUUCAUAUCGAAAAAUUUAAAUGCUUUUAAUAUUUACUCUAGAAAAAUUAAAAGUGCAUUGAAAACGUCUUAUAAUACGUAUUAUUCAAAAUAUGUGACAAACGUGUAAAUUAGUUAUUAAGUUUAUAGUUGUGUAAAUAUGAAAAAUAUAAAAAUGUUAUUAUAUGCCUUGAUUUAAU